AAACUGUGAACUGCUGCAAUUAAUCUAACAAAACAAAUAAAAAAGGCAAGCUUAGAAUUUUAGGUAAAAUUAUAUACAUCCAACUUCGAUCAGUAAGCUAAACAAUUCCUGCUCGUAUGGACAUCGCUUGCUUGAUGUGCAGGCAGUUAGUCAAACCAGCAUCGUGAGCACGUGGACACGUUAUCCACCUCUUAUUGCAUGAGGGGAUGUUCAACGGCCACGAAACAAUUGUAACGCCACAAGAACUUGCCCACCGUACUCUGCCUUGAUCGAUUGCUAGUAAAUCAGCAACUAGUCGAUAACGGAUAAGGAAAAACGGGGAAAUGCAGGGACUAAGCAUCAAGCUGGCUAUAAUUCCAAUUGCCAUGAUGCUGUGCUUAUGCCAAGCGAUUACCAACCUUCACCCUCUAAUCCUGGUACCAGGGAGCGGCGGGAACCAACUUGAAGCGCGGCUAACAACUGGCUACAAGCCCUUGGACCUGUUUUGUGACCGUUGGUAUCCAAUUUCCAAGGAUAAAGAAGGAUGGUUCAGGCUGUGGUUCGACCCCAGUGUGUUGCUGGCUCCAUUCACCAAGUGCUUUGCUCAACGUAUGAUGCUAUGUUAUGACCGUGAUUUAGAUGAUUACCGCAAUGCUCCGGGGGUUGAAACCAGGGUCCCUGAAUUUGGUUCUACUGAGUCCCUUCUCUACCUUGACCCUCAUCUCAAGCAGCUCACAGCAUACAUGGCACAGUUGAUAGAGUCCCUGGAAGAGAUUGGUUAUGUCAGUGGUGAAACCUUGUUCGGAGCUCCGUAUGACUUUCGAUAUGGGUUGGCAGCCGAAGGCCACCCAUCCCAUGUGGGCUCCAAGUUCUUGCAAGACCUGAAAGAUUUGAUUGAAAAAGCAAGCGCUUCCAAUGGAGGGAAGCCAGUGAUUCUCCUCUCCCACAGCCUAGGGGGCCUCUACGUACUCCAACUUCUCAACCGAAAUUCAGCCUCUUGGCGCCAACGGUUUAUCAAACACUUUGUUGCACUUUCAGCUCCUUGGGGUGGCACAGUUCAAGAAAUGCUCACUUUUGCUUCCGGGAGUUCUUUUGGAGUGCCCCUGGUUGAUCCAUUGCUGGUAAGGGGAGAACAAAGGAGCUCUGAAAGUAACCUCUGGCUCAUGCCUUCUCCUACGCUGUUUGGCCCUGGAAAAGUUCUUGUUUUUACUCCAAGCGAGGCUUAUUCAGCUCAUGAUAUCCCUCAAUUUUUGAAUGACAUUGGGUUUCCAGAAGGGGUAAUUCCUUAUAAAUCACGAAUCCUCCCGUUGACUGAGGAGUUAAGACCACCUAAUGUUUCUGUUACCUGUAUAAUCGGGACGGGCGUGAAGACUGCAGAGACGUUGUUCUACGGAAAAGCAGGGUUUGAUGAGCAGCCAGAGGUUGUUUACGGGGAUGGAGACGGGACUGUGAACUUGGUGAGCCUGUUAGCACUAGAGUCACUAUGGGCUAAUGAGAAAAGCCAACCACUUAAGGUGAUAAGAAUCGCUGGCAUUUCUCAUACGUCAAUACUUGAAGAUAAUGCUGCACUUGAUCAGAUAAUAGGGGAAGUUUCUUCAAUCAAUUCCCAGGCCGAGGUCCACUUUGCGUAGAGCACAAACAAUUGAACACUUCAUUCAGUCUCAAAAUUGGAGACCAACGCAAACUUUCAUACAGUCCAUUGUUGCAAUCAAAAUAUAAAAGAGCUAGCAUUGGUUUUCCAUUUAGGUGCACCUCACCUUUCUGGUUCACCAUUAUCUAUUUGGGUGGAUAUCGGAGAAUUCUAUUUUCUCUUUUUCUUUUC